AUGUAUUCUCCGUUUAGGAAUAUCUUUUUUAAAACUUCCAUUCCUAAAUCGACGCUUAUUUUUCCACGUAGACAACUGCUUUGCUAUACAGCAAGAAUUACAAAAACGAACUCGGAAUAUGAAUUCAAAAUAGACGACGGGGGUAAUUACAAUAGUGAAACUUUUAGUCCUUUUGAAAACGAGAUUUGGCAAUUAAACGCAGUAACUCUGGGUGAGAAACAAGAGUUUAAACCUGUAACUGUGCGUGCUCAUUUCAAGCGUGAUUCUCGUCAGUAUCGUUAUGGAAUGAUAGAACUAAAGAAGAAAGCAGAGAAAUUCUAUGAUCAUACGAACGUAUCAGAUGAUAGAUACAGUAACUUUGUCCUUGGUAAGAUCACGCAUGUUGGUGUUCAGUGUUUUCCGGAUGAAGAUAAUCCUAGAGAUAAUGAAGAUAAUGAAAAGUUGUCGGCUAGGCAACAAAUACAAGUCUUCAAACAAAUCUUAAGAUAA